GCCAGAUCAAGACAGCGGCGAGUCUUCGUCGCAAUCAACAGGUAGUGGAAGAACAUUUUGUUUGUGAUGUGAUUAGAUUUACGUAUAUUUAAUGGGAAAAUGUAAACAUAUUAAGGUUUAGGUAAUAUGGUAGUAGCUCCUUUGAGAAAAUGCAAAAAAAUAUUGCCGUUGAUUUUAUUUUUCGUAUUAUUAGCUAUAGUAGCCAUAUGGAGAAAACAUGACAAAAAAUCUAUGGAUAUAUAUCCAAAACACAUAUUUAGGGAAAACAAUCAAGAAGAAUAUAUUGACAAACAUGGAAUAAAAGUAGUCGUUGGCCACUACGUAGGCAACCCAGUUAACAAGAUUCCCAAUGCUACCUACGAUAUGAUCAAUACAAACCGUUUUAAUCCGAUGCCUAACGCGGGAAAAAAUGGAAAUCCGGUUGUUAUUGAACCUAAAGACUUAUUAGAAAUGCAACAGUUAUUUCAAAUUAAUAGAUUUAAUUUAAUGGCAAGCGAUAAGAUGCCGCUAAAUCGAAGUUUGCCGGAUUAUAGGAGAAAAAAGUGCCAAUUUUUGUUUGGCGACUAUAAAUCUUAUAGUAAAACUAGUGUGAUUAUAGUUUUUCAUAAUGAAGCAUGGUCAACUUUGCUUAGAACAGUUUGGAGUGUCAUAAAUAGAUCUCCUGUAGAGUUGGUAGAAGAAAUUUUAUUGGUGGAUGAUGCUAGUGAAAGAGACUUCCUCAGAAAACCCCUGGAUGACUACAUAUCAACCCUACCAGUACCAACAAAAAUCAUCCGCAGCUUUGAACGCAUAGGAUUAAUAAAAGCCCGCCUGAAAGGAGCACUAGAAGCCAAAGGCGAAAUACUAACCUUCCUAGAUGCACAUUGUGAAUGCACUAAAGGCUGGCUGGAACCUCUAUUAUCUGUGAUAAAAAACGACUCCACGUCAGUGGUAUGUCCUGUAAUCGACAUUAUAAAUGACGAUUCGUUUGCUUAUGUGAAAAGUUUUGAGUUACAUUGGGGGGCCUUUAACUGGAAUCUGCAGUUUAGGUGGUAUACAUUAGGUGGCAAAGAGAUGAAAUUAAGAAAAAAUGAUGCAACACAACCGUUUAAUUCACCUACAAUGGCCGGUGGUUUGUUUGCAAUAAAUAAAAAGUAUUUUUUCGAUGUUGGUGCCUAUGAUGAAAAUAUGAAUGUAUGGGGUGGAGAAAAUCUGGAAAUGUCUUUUAGAGUUUGGCAGUGUGGAGGAAAGAUUCAAAUAGCGCCCUGUUCACAUGUAGGUCACAUUUUUAGAAAAUCAUCCCCCUACUCUUUCCCAGGCGGUAUCGACAAAACUUUAUUCGCCAAUCUUGCCAGAGUUGCUUUAGUGUGGAUGGAUGAAUGGUCGAACUUCUACUUUAAAUUUAACGAAAAAGCACGCCAGGUCAAAGACGAGCAAAACAUAACCUCAAGACUUCAACUCAAAAACAAACUAAAAUGCAAAAAUUUUGAAUGGUAUCUAGACAACAUUUGGCCCUCCCACUUUUUCCCAAAAAAGGACAGAUUUUUUGGUCGAAUUCGCAACAAAGGCCAAGACUUAUGCCUAAUAAAACCUGACAAACGUGGCCUUUCAAACCAACCUAUGGGUAUUGCUAAAAUUGACACUUGUUUAAAAGACGAAGUAGCCUUAGAAAUGUUCGUAAUGACACCUGAAGGGUUUAUAAUGACCGAUGAUUCGAUUUGUCUUGAUGCUCCAGAACGAGUUGUGAUUGGCCCAUCUAAAGUAAGAAUAAUGGCAUGUAGUGGAUAUUCAAGACAACAGUGGAAAUAUGAUAAAAAGACUCAAGAAUUGUUCCACUUGACUAACCAUAAAUGUUUGGACGUUUCUAAUUCUAAAUCAUUUACUGAAGGAUUAAUAUUAACUGAUUGUAAUGGAAGUGAAUCUCAAAAAUGGAUUUUCGAGGAUGUACCUUGGAGAUAAUAAAAUAUAACAAAAAC